CGGGGGGAGGGCUCCGGGGGGCCGCGGUAGCGGGAUGCAGCGGGCCCGGGUGCGGGCCUGCCGUGCCGGGAGCUGGUGUGUGCCGGGAGGCAGCUCCCGGACCCGCUCCUGCGGCUCGCUCCGCGCCCGCCGCUCGCCCGGAGGUGCCAGCUGGGGCUCCGCUGUGCUUCAGAGCUUGAAGCAGGGCGAAAAUGCUUCAUGGUGAGGUCAGCAGGACAACAACACCCACGGGCAAAAUGACAGCUGUGAGGUAUGAACAAGGGACCCAGCCCAGAGAAUCAUCUGGCUCUCCAACAGCUGAAGAGGCCACAGUAAAGAUUGAUAAUGGUUGUGAUGAGGGUGAUGGACCAGACACCUGUUCCAAUUCUCUUCUCUUGCAGUGCAACUAGGAGAAAAAUUGCCCCCUUUGUGAUGUCAUUUGGAUUCAGAGUAUUUGGAGUUGUACUUAUCAUUGUGGACAUUAUAGUUGUGAUUUUGGAUCUGGCUAUCAGUGAGAGAAAGAAGGGCACAGAGAUUCCUGAAGGUGUUUCCCUGGCAAUAGCACUCUUCUUUCUCAUCGAUGUUCUCCUGAGGGUAUUUGUUGAAGGCUUCAGGAACUAUUUCCAGUCCAAACUGAAUAUUUUGGAUGCAUGUAUAGUGGUGGGCACCCUGUUAAUUAAUUUGACGUACUGCUUCUUAGAUGUUGGUGCAGCACAGGAGAUACCAAGAAUGGUUAUUUUCCUCCGAAUUCUGAGAAUUGUGAUCUUGAUAAGAAUAUUUCGUCUGGCUUCACAAAAGCAGCAACUUGAAAGGGUGACCAGGAGAAUGGUCUCUGAAAACAAAAGACGUUAUGUGAAAGAUGGCUUUGAUCUGGAUCUCACUUAUAUUACUGAUCGAAUUAUUGCAAUGUCAUUUCCAUCUUCUGGGAAGCAGUCUUUCUACAGGAAUCCCAUAAAGGAAGUUGCAAGAUUUUUGGACACCAAACAUCCAGGCCACUAUAAAGUCUAUAAUCUCUGCAGUGAGCAAGGCUAUGACCCCAAGUACUUUCACUACAGGGUGGAAAGGAUCUUCAUUGAUGACCACAAUGUCCCAGCACUACAGGACAUGCUGAAAUUCACUGCCAGUGUCCGUGAAUGGAUGAGUCAAGAUGAGAAGAAUGUUAUAGCAAUUCACUGUAAAGGGGGCAAAGGCAGGACUGGAACAAUGGUCUGCACGUGGCUCAUAGACAGUGACCAGUUUGAGAGCGCAAAGGAAAGUUUGGACUACUUUGGGGAAAGAAGAACUGAUAGAAGCACAAGUAGCAAGUUUCAAGGUGUUGAAACACCCUCACAGAGUAGGUAUGUUGGGUAUUAUGAGAUCCUGAAAAACAAGUAUAACUUGGAACUCCCACCAGAGAGACAACUCAAAAUAAAAAACCUCAAAAUCCACACUAUACAUGGAGUUGGGAAAGGCAAUGGAACUGAUAUGAAGGUGCAGAUAAUAAUAAAGAAGAGAGUUGUACUACAAUGUGUAUGUGGCAAUCAAAAAAACUGCAGGCUCUUCUUUGAUUCUGAAAGUGACACUGUAGUCAUUGGCUUGGAAGACUGCCCUGUUCUAAGUGGUGAUGUGAAAGUCAGAUUCGAAUGCAAUUCUGCUCUUCCAAAAGGCUAUGAUGGCUGCCCAUUCUUUUUCUGGUUCAACACUUCCUUUAUUGAAAAUAACAGACUCUACCUUCCCAGGAAUGAGUUGGAUAACCCUCACAAGUCUAAAACAUGGAAAGUGUAUAGUGAGACAUUUGCUGUGGAGGUGAACUUUAUUGAUGCAUAAGGGAAAUCUGAAAGAAGGAAAACAUGUAAAAUUCAUCUCUUUCCUGGAGAAUGUCUGUUUCAGUAUAAAAUGAAGCAGUGUCACUUGGAUGUAUCUACACAGAAAUACACUAAGUACAACUUCUCAAAUAAAGCUACACGAAGUUCUGUGGGGCCAAAAUACUCUGAAGAGUUACUUAAGGUCAGUUGACUGUCACAUCAUGGGCUGUUGGAUUCUUGGAGCUUAGGUACCUCUGCAUACAGCUAAUUCUUGUUUGAGUAAUCAAAGACAAUUGCCUGUCUUUAAGCAUGAGAAUUAAUGUGAUGGUGGAUGAAGACCAGCAGUCUGCAUGAGACUGGAAAAGCCUGACAUUCCCUCAAUAUUGGGGUUUUCCACAAAUCAGUAGAAUAUGGCAAUUUUGAGGGAGAAAUAUUAAUCUCCCUCUGUUGGAUUGUUGCAUCUUGAGCUGAAGUCUUGGUAUUGAACUGCUCUUCAUCAGUAAUCAGUGCUGUAGUGCUUUGAGCAACACCUGGCCUGGGAGAUGCCUGUGGAGGUUGGAGACUGCUCAGCUGCUUUUCUACUGCUGUACCUCUCCACAAAGGGCUGCAAUGGCCACUUGCCCUAUGACUGGCUGUCAUCAGCUGCUGAGCAUUCCAGCUGCCUGGGAUCAGUGUGGCUGCCUUAAUGCCUGCAUAUGAGGGGUUGGAUCUGUGCACCUGCUCAUUUGAGCAAAUAGUGUGAAUCCUCACUGGCUCCUCUUGAGUUGUACUAAGACCUGUAAUGCACAAACUUCCAGGAUGCUUAUUCUACUUCCAACUAUUUUCAGCAGUGCAGCUCUUCUGUGGAGACUGUGCCUUCAUUUGUGUGAAAUGUAUUGAGGUGUUAGCUUCUUGGUUCUGCUGCUUCAUUAGUCUUGUUCCUGGGAGCCAAAAAGUGGAAGGGAAAUGACAUAGCUUUCCAGUUGAUGAAAUAAGCAGAGGCCAUGUACCUCCCUGUGCUUACUUGAAGGUAGUUAUGUACUAUGAGGUAUAGCAUGUGUGGGCUCAACUUCUGCUAUUGCUAUGUAUUUACCUCAGGGUCCACGUGAAUGUGGCUAGGGGCUAAAAAAAGAUGCCCUUUCAUUGCUACUAGUGGCUGAUGCCCAAGUUCAUUUUGGCUUAGCUCAGGCAAUUGGAUAUCUGUCCACUGUCCUAGGAUGCCCUUUGAUGUAGUUGGCAGGGCACCUAAGGUGACCCAUCUUCCUGCUUAGGGAGUGAGCCAGUUUGUUCAGAUAGCAGCAGCAGAGGCUGUAGCAGCAAGUCGGAUUUUCCUAGCUGAAGCACAUGCAGUUAAGUAAAAACGAAUGUGAAAGCAGGAAAGAGGAACAAAAUAGCUGUACAAGGGAUAUACAAUGUUUCUCUUGUGAGAAACAGGCACCACUGCUCAGAAGAGGGUAACAAUAGUCCCUGCCUCCCUGCUGCACUGACCUUCACAGGGUAGUGGAUAUUUAUCCCUUAUAUUUGUGGAAUUUAGGUGAACUCCUGGCAUUCUUCUGACAGAAAACCUUACAACCUAUAUCGUGGUAAUCUAGCAACUUGAAAUUUGAGGUGAACAUUAAUACUAGAACUGACUUUGGUACUAACAAGGCAACAGGCCAAGUGCUGAACUGUGAGUUUCAUUUUCCAUAGAUGUAAAAUGAGCAGUUAUUUCACAACAUCUUACUCUAGCUGCCCCCUUCCCCUCAGUUUUGAGGGCUUUAUGUGUUCAUUGAUUGUAUAAAGUCUUUUCCUUUCAUUCCAGAAAGGUGGUGAUGCUGAAGUCAAACUUUUUGUUUCUUAGCUAGAUGAGUUUGUUAAAUGGCAUAAACAAUCAUCAGGUACUCAGUUAAUCAAAUGAAACUUUAUUUCUGUGAAUUCCUAUAACAACAUCAUGAAGUUUUUAGCUGAACAACUGAUACACGUGUACAGCUUAAGCAGCUCUGAAUGGAAAAAUUACUGCUUACAUCAACUUCAGAAGGUAAACUCUCAAAAUGCCACCAGCUUCUUGCUGUUGGUUAUUUUAAAUACCCUGCUUCUCUUGAAGCUUCAAUUUUUGUAUUAAAAACUGCAACCAUGAGCUUUAAAAAAUGAAAGCAAAGACAAAUCUAAGAAAUAGAUUGAAGUAUUCCACUGAGGUGGAGUCUGUCCUCACCUUUUCAUAACUAUUAGAAACAUGUACAAAUAUACUAUUUCUCUUAGCUAGACAACUUUAAAAAGAAGGGGAAGUCUAACAACUCUUAAAGCCUCAUGCUCCUACCUGAAUCAUUUGAACAUUUGGUAUAAAUUCCUUUUAAAGUACUGGCAAUGCAGAGUAGUGCUGCCCCUAUUGUAUCAGUCAGUCAGGCUGUAUUGGUGCAGUAGACACUGAAGAUUCUUCAGGCAUGCCCUGCUUUAACUGCCUUUUCCCGUGGUAUAUGAAAGGGAGAUGAAUUGUUCUUUCUGCACUUGGAGGCUGGAGGAGCAAGAAGAUUUUGUGGAACUGCAGCAACCACCUUCCAUCAAAGAGGCUGCAACAAUGCAAGGAAUGAGCCAGUUUAAGUGCACCCUGGCUCCACUGCAAGAGGCAGCAGGUAUUGAGGGAUUUCAUCUAUGCCUAAAGCUUGUUCCUAUUUCUGGGAUCUAAAAGGGAAGCUGUAACAUGCAAAACUAGGUUGUUCCAGCUCUGUCUGUCACUGACAAAUGUGGUUGCUGUGACAAGCUGCUAAUCUCCAUGUAGCUGUGAUGAUCUCAGUGAGUUAAAGGGCUCUGUCUGUGCCCCCCACUGCCCCCAUACUGGUGGGCUGCAGUUAGAGCACCCAGGCAGCAUCUCUGUACAACUCAGGACAAGUUUGUGCUGUUCUAAGAGCUGCUCAACUUAUUCCAGGAUAAGGCAGUAGCUGCUUCUCACAAAGCAGAACAUGCUUGUAAAAAGAGCAUUCUACUUUAAGAACAAAAGGGGCAUCUAGAGAGAGGUGUCACUGCAUCGUUUUGGGUAAUACUGACUAACUGCAUAUUUCAUCAAAUAACAUGACAGAGCA